AUGGUCUCUCCUCUGUUCCUGAGUCUCCUGUUCUUGAUUCCAGCUGCAGCAGGGACUGAAUGGGUUGGUAGUCAAUGUCCAGCAUGUGGGGUGCCUGGUUCAGAUCCUGAGGGACAGCGGGAAAUGCUGCUCAAUCUGGCAAAGCAAAAUAUUCUGGAUAAACUGCACUUAACUCAGCGUCCAACACUGAUCCAGCCUGUGUCCAGAGCCACCUUGAGGACUGCACUCCGGCGCCUCCACGGUCUCCGAGGAGGAAGGAUUCUGCCUGGUAGCACUUUAGGGGGUUCUGGGACUGGAGUUGAGGAACAGGAGUAUGAGAUCAUCAGUUUUGCUGAGACAGGCCACUCUAACACCAACAGGACCGUGCUGGAUUUCCAACUCUCCCAAGAUCAAACCAGUGGUAGCUUGGAGGUCCUCCAAGCCAGGCUGGGUUUCUUCUUGCAGAUUCCUCCCAAUGGCACAUGGACUAUGCACGUGAGGGUCUUGGGGCCUGGGCCACGGGACACCAACCUCACUUUGACCACCCAGCACCGGUUAGAGAUAGAUGCCAGUGGCUGGCACCAGUUUCUCCUGGGGCCAGAGGCCCAGGCUGCUUAUGGUCAGGGGCAUCUGACCCUAGAAUUGGAGGCCAAAGGCUGGGGAGUCCAGGGCCCAGUUGUCUUGGAAAAGGAUGCCCAUCAACCUUUUAUAAUAGCUCGGGUGAGAAUAGGAGGAAAGCACCGGAUUCAUCGUCGAGGCAUAGAGUGCCAAGGUGGGUCUCAGAUGUGUUGUCGACAAGAGUUCUUUGUAGAUUUCCGGGAGAUUGGCUGGCAUGACUGGAUCAUUCAGCCUGAAGGUUAUGCUAUGAACUUCUGUACAGGGCAGUGCCCACUACAUGUGGCAGGCAUGCCAGGAAUUGCUGCCUCUUUCCACACUGCUGUCCUCAACUUGCUCAAGGCUAAUGGGGCCCCAGGAACAACUGGAGGAGGCUCCUGCUGUGUCCCUACUGCCCGCCGCCCUUUGUCCCUUCUCUACUAUGACCGCGACAGCAACAUUGUCAAGACCGACAUCCCAGACAUGGUGGUGGAGGCCUGUGGCUGCAGUUAAUGUAUAUAAAAGGGAAGGAGGACA